CACACAUGAAAGAAUAUAGUGGAAACACGAAUAACCAAUGGCAAUGGAUAUUGAAACAGACCACUCAUGGAUGCCCCAUCUCCUCAACUCCUUCGUUUUACUACUCGUAGCCACCUCAGUAUUAGGCUGGGUCUGGAUCCAGAGGAGCUGCGGAAGACUGAUAUCCCUUGCCAAGACUCUACCCAUGGUGGACCCACCUGUCCCACUACUGGGUCACUUGCUUUCUGCGAUAGUGAACCCAAAAACCAAAGGUUUAAGUAAGAAGUUUUUGCUGGAAAUGUUAACAAGAGCUGCAGAGAAGGGGAUGGACGUGUACACUGUGUGGCUGGGACCGUACCCAAUGGUGUUUGUUCAGAAGCCAGAAGAUGUGCAGCUGAUUUACACCAGACCUGCAACGAUGCACAAAGGAUUCAUCUAUAAAAUGGUGGAGUUUGCAGUUGGGUCGGGGUUGCUCACAGGCCCAGUUCCAAAGUGGAAGCUGAUCCGUCGCCACUUCCUGCCGGUGUUCCACGGCAGCAACCUGGAGCAUGUCGUCCCCUCAUCUAACGACCGAGGCAGACAGGUUGUGAAGAUUUUGAGAGAGCAUUGCUCUAACUCUCCUACGGACAUACUUCCUCUCAUGAGGAUCCCUACUUUUGUAAAUGUCUGCCAUUUAUUGUUUGGAAAGGAUGCUCCAAGACUCAUCCCUGGAGAGGAGGUGCAGAAACGUGCAGUUAAUUCUAUCAUGCGUACUCUUGAACUUUGGAGUAUCAGGUUUUUGCAACCGUGGUUAUUCCCUGAUUGGCUAUUCAAGAUAUUUUACAAGAAAGAUGUUACUGAAAUGGAAGAAGUUACUGAAUUGUUAACAAGAGAAACGGUGGAGCUGCUCAAGGACAGAAUUAAAACCGUGGAAAAUAAGGACAUUGCAGACAGCGUAGAUGGUGAGAGACGAACUAUUAUUGAUGCAUUUAUAUCGCUAAAACAAGCAGACCCUAGUUUCAAUGAACAAGAUUUCCAACAUGAAGUAGUAACGAUAUGUGCAGCGGGCACCAACUCAGCAGCUGUGAGUUUAUCUUCCAAUCUGCUCGCUUUGGCUUGGCAUCCUGACGUUCAGGAGAAACUUUACGAGGAAAUUGUAAAUGUGAUGGGGGAUGACCUAAACCGAGACGUGACAUCAGAAGACUUGAAGAGGAUGACUUAUCUAGAUCAAGUAUUGAGGGAAACCUGGAGAAGAUAUACAGUGUUUCCAUACAAUCAACGAUGGACCACUGAGGAUUUACCCUUGAGUUUUGGCGUAUUGCCUGCUGGAUCAUACAUACACGUUGGCAUGCUGGGAGUACACAUGAAUCCAAAAAUUUACCCGGAUCCUGACAAAUUUGAUCCAGAGCGCUUCUCAGCAGAAAACUCAGCAAACAGACACAAGUUUUCUCUCUUGCCUUUCAGUGGUGGUCCUCGAAAUUGCAUUGCAAUGGCAUAUGCUACACAGUUCUUAAAGAUCGUGAUCGUAUCUGUCGUCAAAGAAUACAAGCUAUACACAAACGCAGACACCAAAAAAGCAUCAUUCAGGUUUGUGAUUGAAGCACAGAGGGAAAAUGGCUAUCCUAUAUGGGUUGUAAAGCGAUCAUCAAGUUGAUUUGUGAAUUUCAGUUUAUAAAAUAUUUAAAUUGCUCACCCUAGAAAGUAUUGUUUCAAAAUAUUUGUUCCUAUUAACAUAAAACCCCAUGGAGUUCGUUGGAGGUUCAACUACAGAACUAGAAUUUAAACUGGAUAUUCAUAUAAUAAUCAAGUAAAAAUUUGAAACUUUCCAUUCACUGACAUAACAAAUAAUUCUAAAAUGUGCCAUUGUACUUUUUUUUAGUUAGAAAAAUGUUGUUCUCGUUUAACAUGAUUCAUGUUUAACAUGUAAAAGUUAUUAGUUUUGUAGAUGUGAGGACUGGCAUUUUGUUGAGAUAAGCAAACUAAUAAGCAGCAAAACAUUAUUUUUGUGUGUCUCUUGAGAGUUACAAAUUUCAACUUAACUUAAGAUAGUUUUUUUUCCUAUAAAUGAGUUUAUUGAACAUGGAUUCUGUAAAGUUUGUGAUGUUGUUUGUUUUAAACCCCUGUAAUAACAAUUUUUCAUUACAAUAAAUUAAAUUUGCUGAUUUUA